CAUUUGACGGUUAACUUGGUUGCUGUUCAGUUUGAAAUUUCGUAUUACUUGCCUGUUUUUAAUAACAUUGUUUGUGUGUUUUCUGUGAUAUUCAUUGUAGACAUGCUUGUACAUAAUUAUUACAAUUGAUUUAAGAUUGUAAAAUCUUGUUUGUUGAAAGGGAAUUAUCAAAAUGGCGACAUCUGCAAUUUCAAGACAUUCACACAAAAAUGUAAAAUUAACAGCAUUGUGUAAUAGCCAUAGUGAGUUGUGCUGCUCCAGAUCUGUUGAGCUUAAUCACAGAUCCUGAUUUAUACUGAAGGAUUAGCUGCUUUUUGAAUUCUUGUCUGCAUGUAUUUCAUAAAGGACUGAAAAGCAUUCCUACAUUAUUAAAAGAAGUGAACUGUGAACUAUCUUAUUUAUGAUGUCUUGUUUAUUGGGAUACAACACAGCCGUAACCAUCCGGGUUACAGAAUUAUAGACUAUUUUAACAGAAUUAUACUUUAACUACAUGUACUUUAACAUGUAAAACUUCAUACACUAGAGUAUCAAAUUGGCGGCAGGUUCAUUGUCAAAUGUUGUGAAACGUUGGCCUAUGGUUGAAAAGUUUUAUCGCACAUCUUGUGUUUGAAUUUAUCUGUGUUUCAGUGUUAAUUUUAACUUCUAAGGUUGAUAAACUUUUGGAACUAGCUUUAUUUCUUUCAUAUUUCACAAGAAAUAUACUUGAAAGAUUUGAACAAAAAGGUUUUAACAUUAUAAACAGUAACAAAAUGGCAACAGGUUCAUUGUCUUCGGUUCCAAAACGUUUGCGUAUGGUUGAAGACUUUUCUUGCACACGUUGUUUAGAGCAGAAUCUUACGGAAUCUGCAGACAUUUAUUGUGAAAAAUGUGAAUGGUUUUAUUGUAAAAAAUGUGUUAUCCUGCAUAGUCAGUUUUAUACAAAACAUAUGACAUGUGGAAGGGAGGAUAUUAAGAAAUGGCCAGUUUCUAAGGCAGUGGAAGAUUUUCUCAGGAAGUGUGAGGUGCAUGAGGAUGAAACACUGACACAGUUUUGCCAUGACCACAGUCAGCUGUGCUGCUCUGCAUGUGUUGGAACAAUUCACAGCCAGUGCAGUAAAGUGACCCAGAUUUCGGAGCUGACCAACUCGCAGCCCACAGGCCUAGAGGGGCUGUCAGUGGAGCUGGAAACUGUCCUGGGGGAAAUUAAAACCCUGCAAAUCAGUCAGAAGGCCAGCAUUCAGUCAUUGCAGAGAACAUACAAGGAACAUAGUGCAGUUAUGAUAGAGCAAAUGCUUGGCAAUUUAAAUACUUAUAUAGAUGAAUGUGAUAAUAGUUCUGUGGGUACAUCAGGCGGAAAUGAGCAAUAUUUAAAAGAAGAGAUGUGUAGGAGUGUUCUCUCUAUUGUGAAUGAAUUUGAUAAUAUUACUGCGAAGGAACUUAACGAGAUGAAAGAUGAAGUUAUAAGUAUUAAAGAGUCAGUUACAAGUUCUAUUCAUAAAUGCACCACUCUUCACAAUGACUUGUCACAAUUCCAUGAACUUGUUCAGAAAAUUGGAGAUAAUAAGGAGCUCUGUCUUAUAGCCAGCAUAAAAUGUAAGCAUAUAAUACAGCAGGCAUUGACUCUGCUAGGAAAGUCAGGCAAGGCGUUUAACGUCCAGCGGAAGUCUGUGCACAAUGUGAGAAUACCAAGUGAUUCAUAUGAAUGUAGUAUUGCAGGCAUAUGUGUUCUGACUGAUGGGCAGGUGCUGGUCGCAGACUUGAAGAAUAAGAGGAUCAAGCUGCUGAACCAGCAGUACCAGGUGGUGAAUCACUGGGAUGUGACUGCUGGGCCAUGGGACAUAUGUUUGAUCACAUCCAGUGAGGUUGCAGUGGCUGUGAAUGACCAUGAUAGCAAGAUACAUGAGGUCCAGUUUAUCACUGUCAACCAGGGAAAGCUUGUUUCUGGCAGGAAGUUUCAGUUACAACAUGAAUGUACAUGUAUUACCCAUCACCAAGGAGACCUUUUUGUCACCUCUGGUCAAGAACUGUACAAAUACACAUUGAGUGGCAAACUGAUCUGCAGUCUCUACCAAGAUAGAUCAGCUGAUUGGACAGUAUACAAGUGUGCUGUGACUCCCACAGGAGACAGGCUGUACAUCACCAGCUACUACCCGCACAACAAGCUUCUCACCCUGGCCAGGGAUGGCACACUCCUGGCUACAUACACAGACCCAGCACUAUAUGGCCCAAAUGGUCUACAUGUGACCCCUGCAGGCCAGGUGCUGGUCUGUGGAGAGCUGUCCGACACUGUACUACAGGUGGGCUGGGAGGGGAAGAGUAAGCUGGCUAAUCUUGCUACUUGGGGAGAUGGAGUGAGGUACCCACGGUCAGUCUGCUACUGCAGCACCACAUCCUCCAUCAUUGUGGGACAGUGGGGGGACAACAUCCUGGUGUUCAGAGUGGAAUAGUGUGAACAUUCGCUGCUGAGUCAACGAUGCUGAGGAUGUGGUGGACAAGGAUGACCUGAAUACGCAGAAGCAACUGCUAAGCACAGAAGACAACGGAGUAGUGAAAGGCUCAGCCAAAUCAAAGUCCAGCGAUGUGAGGGUGACACAGCCUUUCCAUGUCCUUGUAUUGCAACAUGAAGGACAUUUUAGCUGAAACUAACAAGGGAGAGAACUGUAGAUCUGCACCAGCACAGAGCACCAGCAUUGAUAUCGAGUUGGCCCAGCAACCGCACGAGUCCCGCCUGCAGGAGCCCCAAUCCAGAACGACCCUUCCCCUCCCCUGACUUCUAACUCCUCCCCCUUGACCUCCUGACUCAAAAAGUCAGCAUCGUUGAACAACUCCGUUCUGCAGAAAAUUCUGAGCAUGAUUCUGGUCUGAACAAACACAAUGCCCACGUCAAGUUGUCCACACAUAAGCCUGGGUAGUUCUGUUAAGCUAGAGUUCCGCGUGGGCCUGAGAGGGACGAGUUUUACAAACACGAAAAGUUAUAGCUGUAGUUAUGGUAACGCUAACAGUCAGUUGUUGCUGUUGGACAUCACAACAAAUAUCCUGAAGAAUAAAAAGUUCAAUAACUUGUUCCAAUCUUUAUGGGACAAACAGAAAUUGGACGGGAGAAAAUCAAGGAACAAUAAAAGCGUAAGCUUUCCUAGUGGGAUGCUUCUGCUGUUGAUAGUUUGGACGACAAUAGGGUUACGGACUGCCCCAGAUUGUCCUCUCAGCGGCCAAAAUAUCAUAAUAGAACGGACUUUUGGCAAUGUUACCGACAAAGAAAGGCAGUAAUGACUUGGUUGUGAAUACCCAGAGCACGAUACAUCCAUGCUGACACAAAAAGGCAGUAAUGACUUGGUGGUGAAAACCCAGAGCACGCUACAUCCUUGCUGACAAAGAAAUGCAGUAAUGACUUGGUUGUGAAUACCCAGAGCAUGCUACAUCCAUGCUGACACAGAAAGGCAGUAAUGACUAUGCUGUGAACACCCAGAGCAAGAUAUAUCUAUGCUGACACAGAAAGGUAGUAAUGACUAUGCUGUGAACACCCAGAGCAAGAUAUAUCCAUGCUGACACAAAAAGGCAGUAAUGACUAUGCUGUGAACACCCAGAGCAAGCUACAUCCAUGCUGACACAGAAAGGAAGUAAUGACUAUGAUGUAAACACCCAGAGCACAAUACAUCCAUGCUGACACAGAAAGGCAGUAAUGACUAUGCUGUGAACACCCAGAGCACGCUACAUCCAUGCUGACACAGAAAGGAAGUAAUGACUAUGCUGUGAACACCCAGAGCAAGAUAUAUCCAUGCUGACACAGAAAGGCAGUAAUGAUUAUGCUGUGAACUCCCAGAGCAAGAUAAAUCCAUGCUGACACAGAAAGGCAGUAAUGACUACGCUGUGAACACCCAGAGCACAAUACAUCCAUGCUGACACAGAAAGGCAGUAAUGACUUGGUUGUAAACACCCAGAGCACAAUACAUCAAUGUUGACUCAGAAAGACAGUAAUGACUUGGUUGUGAACACAGAACACGAUACACCCAUGCUGACACAGAAAGGCAGUAAUUACUUGGCUGUGAACACAGAGCACAAUACAUCCAUGCGGAAACAGAAAGGCAGUCAUGACUAUGCUGUGAACACCCAAAGCACGAUAAAUCCAUGCUGACACAGAAAGACAGUAAAGACUUGGUUGUAAACACCCAGAGCACAAUACAUCCAUGAUUACACAGAAAGGCAGUAAAGACCUUGUUGUAAACACUAAGAGAUCCAUACAUCCAUGGGGUGUGCCACAGCCCGAAUUACGCCCACUAUUGUGAACAAGGUGCUUAAAGUGAACAUGUCUGGUUUUGGUAUGAGGACUUAGCACUCCAAGCCUAAAAGGCCUCGCAUUGAAUUGAUGCAAGAGAAGGCUUUGAAAAAUAACAGCAGUUUUGUUGUGUGGUCCAGUACGCCCUUCGACUCUCAACCUGAAGAAAGCAGAACUCAAACUCGGCUCUUAUCAAUAUCAGCAAGGCCAGCAUGUCAUAUCAGCUUCUUGAGCUUCAGUUGGUGCGCGUAAAAAUUGAUUCUACGUUAUUAAGAAAUUCAGCACGAAGACAUCUUGCGUCAGACUACCAAGCCUCCUAUCAAUAUCUCCUCCCAUGUUGGCUUCAUCAACACUUCCAACAGAGCCUUGGUGAGUUCGACUUCCGUCUCAGCAUCGAUGUCGCUUAGCAACAAUUGGAUGAUGGGCGUCGACAAAUUAGGCCGGACAAGUCGCUCAAACUGAAACAAUUUGAUCCAACAGAGCCUGUUCCUACAGGAACCUAUGCAAUCAUAGAUCGGUACCUAGCUGAACAACAGGCUGUAUGGUCAGCUGGUCCCAGACGCCCAGUGACACUUCCUGGCCCAGGACCUUGGGGCAAAUGCUCAACUAUACCUACCCGCAGGGUGGAGCCACUCUGAACCUGGGGCUCCAUACUUUCUUGGCCAGGGGCCAAGUUUACCUUGUCAAUAAGGUACAUGUAGGGACACAUUCCUGGGAUGCCCUUAGGUUUUUCUAUCUGUUCACAGAGGCCUUAUACUCACAAGUUCAAGCCCAGUGAGCGAUGUUCACAUUAUCAAACUCUGCAUCUCAAUAGAAACCCGGAUAUCAAAGCGUUGAGCUUGUUCUUGAAGCAUUUGCACCAGCAACAGUCAUCAUCUCGAGUUACUGGCAUCUCUAUGGUGUGGAACCCUCCGUCUACGAACAUCAUAACAGCACAUGAACCAGUGGCAGUCAUCAUCUCAAGAUUCUGGUAUAUCCAUGGUGCAGGACCCUCGGUCUGUAAAGAUCAUGCAGAGCAAACCUUAGAUGCCAUUUGACGAAAUCAAACCAUCCAAUCAGAAACAGAGCCUGUUGCAGCAGUUGUUACCAUAUUGACCCCUGUCAAACCUAAGAAGUCCAUAGAUAAAUACUUUUUUAGAUGUGCUUAUCUCUACGUACCUACUGGUUUGUUCAGCACUUACUCUUUGAAUUUUAUGACGAGUGAAAAUGAAUGACCUUGUUCAGUUUGAAAUGGCAGAAUGACACAUCACAACAAUUUAAGUGGAAAGCCCGAAAGUCAUGUCAACAGCCACAUUUUGUAUGUGUAACAGCCAAGUUGUUUUCAAAGAAAAUGAAAAGUUUACGUUUUAUUUUUUAUGUGACCAAUGUUUAAUUGGUAUUAUGAUGCUGUCAGUCUCUUUAUGUUGAAAGUUUUGGUUAAAUAUAGCAUGUUAAGUUUUUUUUUAAAGCACACAUAUUGCAUUUAUAUCCAAUGUCUUUGUCUGUAUAAUGAAUUUUUCACUACAUAUUUUGAUCCUUAUAAUGGUAAAUGUAUGGGAAAAACAAUUUUAUCAUAGAUAUUCUAAGAUUGUCAAGUCUGUUUAAAUGAUGCUGGUAACUUUGACAAAAUUGAAAAAAAGGAGUACGUUCAUGUUUUAAGAUAUGUUUCAGUUUUCUGUUUUUACCCAUAAUAUAGAUAAGCUUAUUUAAUGAAUUGUUCACAAAGUUUUAUAACUUUUACGCUUCAGCUUUUUCUGUCUAGUAAUCCUGCCGAAAACAAUACUAGUCAAUUUGCUCAUUGGGGUCAGUAUUCGAUCAUGAAUCUUGUUUAGUAGCAUACUAUUUCAUAGGAAGAAUAAUACAUUCUAGGAAAAAAUAUUUAAUCUACCUAAAAUUAUUGAUUCUGUAAAUACCACUUUGUUGAUUUAAAUGGAUAUUGUUUGUAAAAUUAAUAUAGUAUCACUUUUGCGUGUUUGGGAAAGCUUUUAAUGAAACUGAGAAUUAAGAAAACAAAAAAAUAAAUAAGAGUUUUAUGAAAAUUGGCAUAAAUUAUUAUUGUUAAUUUAUGUUGUUAGAUCAUAGACGUGUAUGCUCACAAUUGUUAAACUUUGUUUUUGGACACAAUAGUUUAUUGUGCUUUAUGUUUGUUUAUGCACAUGAAGACGACCAGAGUGUAUCCUCUUUAAUAAGUGAGUAACUUAAUCAAGAUUUAUUGAUCACUGUAUAUAUUGUGUAGGUUUAUUUUGCCAUUUAUACAUAAAACAACUGAAGAACAAUUGUAUUUUAAACGUAAAUUAUUCUUGUAUUGUUGCCAUUUGUAUAAGAUAAACUAAAUGUUUACCUUAGUUUGUAAAAACCUUUGUAAAAAAUCAUUUCCUGUGUGAAUGCUCAUAUAUAUAUUGAACUGUUAAAAAUAAUUCACAGUACCAGAAAAAAUAGUCAAUUACACAGUAAGGGAAAGUGUUAUCAUAUGCUUACAAUUGUAAAAAAUUGCAAUUUUCUCUAUUUGUAAUAAUAGAGAGCAAUAUUAUUUGCUCAAACAAUAAAAACAAAGAUGUCUGCUUUGUAAAUUAAUAAUUGUGUUUACAUCUCAACAUAACACGUAAAUACAUUAAAGUCUUAAAGGAUUUUUUGGAAUAAACACUUAAAUAAAUAUAUGUGCGUAUAUACGCUGAUAAUAAAAUUUUACAUUCCAUUUAGUUUUGUAACAGUGCGUUUGACCUUUCACGUUGAACAUCCCACACUUGCUGUCAGUGCAGUGCCUUCAUUAGGGUCAUUUUUAUGCUCCCGGUAGGGUGGCAUAUAGCAGUUGAACUGUCCGCAGUAUGUCAGUCUGUCCAUUUGUUCGGAAAAAAAACCUUUAACAUUGGCCAUGACUUUUUAAAUAUUGAAGAUAGCAACUUGAUAUUCGGCAUGCAUGUGCAUCUCAUGGAGCUGCACAUUUUGAGUGGUGAAAGAUGAAGGUCAAGGUCAUCCUUCAAGGUCAAAUGUCAAAUAUAUGGUGUCUGUCCGUCCGUCUGUCCAAUAACUUAAACAUUGGCCAUAACUUUUUCAAUAUUGUAGGUAGCAACUUGAUAUUUGGCAUCCAUGUGUAUCUCAUGGAGCUGAACAUUUUGAGUGGUAAAAAGUGAAGGUCAAGGAUAUCCUUCAAGGUCAAAGGUCAAUUUUUUUUAAUUCAAAGCGGCGUUCCCAUGAUGCUGCACAUUGUGAGUGGUGGAAGUUCAAGGUCAUCGGUCAAGGUCAAGGUCAUACUUCAAGGUCAAAGGUCAAAAAAAUAAUUCAAAGCGGCUUUCUAAUGAAGCUGCACAUUGUGAGUGGUAGAAGGUCAAGGUCAUCCAUCAAGGUCAAGGUCAUCUUUCAAGGUCAAAGAUGAAAAAAAAAUAAUUCAAAGCGGCGUUCUCAUGAAGUUGCACAAUUUGAGUGAUGGAUUUUCAAGGUAAAGUUCAACCUUUAAUGUCAAAGGUAAAAAAAAAAUCAAAGUGGCGCAAUAGGGGGCAUACUGUGUCUCUGACGAACACAUAUAUUGUGUGUAAAUAUCCCACUGUUUAAGUUCAGAAAAUGUUUUAAGACCAGAUUUCCUUAAACUUGGGGUUGUUAUUAUUUUACUUUUAUUGAAUGCAUGAAACAUGUGUGUUCUGUUGUUGAAUAGCUAAACAUAGCUUGAUGUUUGUAAAUUGUGUGACAAAUGUUGAUCAAAUUGAUACAUAGAAAAAAAAACACAAUCUUCGUUAACUUGUAUGUGUUAAUUCCCACACACAAAUAUAAGUAUUUGGUAACAAUAUAACUAUUGUGCUUUAUUCGAAAUACAGUAUGAAAUGCACUUUUAAAAUCAUGCUUUUAUAUGUUCAUCUUCUCCAAAUAAGCAUUUUGAAAAAGCAAAUAUAAUAUCUCUAUGGAAAGUAUCCGUAGGCCCCAUGCAAUCGCUUGUGUACCUCAUAUUGAUCAGGGUCUUUCUAAAUUAUUUCAUGAUUGCUUAUCCCUGUCUGAAUUGUGUAAAUAGCUUCAAAAUCGUGAGAUAACUGUUAAAAGGAUUUCAAUAUUAAACGUUAAAAUGGUAUCUUAAAUGUAACCGUACAUCUGUUGCAUUUAUUUUAACAUGUUUAUAUGUUCUGGCUCCCUGAGUUUUAUUUGUCUAUUAUCUUGCGUACUUUAAUUGUGUUUUUUAAGACAAACAUCAUUAUAUUGAUUAUGUUGUUUUUGUCCAACAUUUCUAUAUAUACAAGUUGUAUGUAAAUAAUUAAAUAUGUUUAUGUUGAUGAUAUGUAUUUCCCGAUCUAAGUUUGAUGUUGAACUCUCAAUAAACGACAUGUUUUGCCAAUUAAAUCCCGAAUGAUU